GACAGCAUCCGUAUUUAAAGGCGCCAACAGCGCUUGAUUCAGAAUCAGCAGUGCUGCCAUUUUCUCCUGGUUUAUUCGGUAUAAUUUAAGUUGCUGGUCUCCUGUACGGUGCUGAAGAUGCCGGAUGAAACCGCUGUUGCUGCCGCUGAGGCUGUUGAAGAGAAGCCUUGCUCAUCCAGUGCUGCAGAGAGCUCUGUAGAUGUGGCUGAAGAGGCAAAGAAGCUGAUUGGCACUGGAAACAGGCACCUGGUCAUGGGAGAUGUUGUGUCUGCAGUCAGUGUGUUUCAGGAGGCCUGUGCCAUGCUAGCUGCGAAAUUCGGCGACACUGCUGAUGAAUGUGGAGAGGCAUUCUUCUUGUGUGGGAAGUCCUUGCUGGAGCUUGCCAGGAUGGAGAACACGGUCUUGGGUAAUGCUUUGGAGGGAGUCCCAGAGGAAUCCUCAGAGGAGGGCGAGAAGAAGAAUGACUCAAAGAUCGAGAGUGCAGAUAACUUGGAUGAGAAAACUAGAGAUGAGCUCCGAGAACAGGUUUAUGAAGCCAUGUCUGGGAAGAGUGAUUCUCAGGAAGGGGAACCAAAAGUGAAUAAAGAGGAACAAGUCAAGGAGGGUACCAUAGAAGCUAAGGAGGCCCCGGUUGAAGCUGGCGCGGAGGCCCCGGUUGAAGCUGGCGCGGAGGCCCCGGUUGAAGCUGGCGCGGAGGCCCCGGUUGAAGCUGGCGCGGAGGCCCCGGUUGAAGCUGGCGCGGAGGCCCCGGUUGAAGCUGGCGCGGAGGCCCCGGUUGAAGCUGGCGCGGAGGCCCCGGUUGAAGCUGGCGCGGAGGCCCCGGUUGAAGCUGGCGCGGAGGCCCCGGUUGAAGCUGGCGCGGAGGCCCCGGUUGAAGCUGGCGCGGAGGCCCCGGUUGAAGCUGGCGCGGAGGCCCCGGUUGAAGCUGGCGCGGAGGCCCCGGUUGAAGCUGGCGCGGAGGCCCCGGUUGAAGCUGGCGCGGAGGCCCCGGUUGAAGCUGGCGCGGAGGCCCCGGUUGAAGCUGGCGCGGAGGCCCCGGUUGAAGCUGGCGCGGAGGCCCCAGAAAGCCCCCUUAAAAGUAAAGGGCAGACUGCUGAAGAUGUUAAGGAGUUGGACAAAGAAGCUGCCUCAAAACCAGAUGAUGCUGUGGUUACAAAGGAGGCUGCUGAGCAAGACCUUCCCACAGAACAGGGUGGAACUGAAGAACAGGCAAAGCCUGUGGAGAAAGAUAUUGGAGGUCAGGAGGAAGAGGAGGAGGAUGAUGACGAUGAUGAAGAGGAUACCAGUGCUGAGGAUAAGGGUGAGGAUGAAGAAGUUGGAAAUCUCCAGCUGGCAUGGGAAAUGUUGGAAGUGGCUAAAGUAAUUUACCAAAGAAAGGAAAGUGAAGAGGACCAGCUAAUGGCAGCACAGAUCUUCUUGAAACUUGGUGAAGUUGGUGCAGAAUCAGGCAACUACAGCCAAGCUCUGGAUGACUUCCAGGAGUGCUUAGGGAUACAGCUGGAGCAUCUUCCUCCUCACAGUCGUCUGUUGGCAGAGACCUAUUACCAGCUGGGCACAACUUUUAGCUACACAGGCCAGUACAGCCAGGCCAGCCAGCACUUCAAAAGUUCCAUCAGAGUAAUUGAGAGCCGCCUGGCUAUGCUGCAGGAAAUAAUUGACAAAGCAGAAGGUACUGAAGGAGCUGCAGAGGAAAAGCAUGAACUAGAGGAGCUGAAACAGCUGCUGCCAGAAAUUACUGAGAAGGUGGAAGAUGCAAGGGAAAGCCAGCGGACAGCUUCUGCAGCAUCAGAAGCGAUUCACCAGACCCUGGGUGGAGCAUCAACAUCCUCAGGAUUUGGAAGUGAAAAUGGUGGUGCGUCUUCAUCUACAGCCACCCUGGUCACCGUUAAGCCUGCUGAUAGUGUAUCCUCUUCAAAAUCCGCAUCAGAUAUUUCUCACCUAGUCCGUAAAAAGAGGAGACCAGAAGACGAGAGCCCAAAAAAGGACAGUGAUGCUAAAAAGGUCAAAGAGGAGACCACAGUUAAUGGCAGCGCUGACUCUGCCAGCAGCAGCAAUGGAGUCCAGGAGAAAAAGGAGCAGGAGGCUGAAAGUUCCUCUACCUCAGCAGAAGCCACGCUGUGAUGCUUUCUAAACUGCCCACUGAUCUUCCAACCAGCACAGCAUGCCUGCCUCAAGUUUCAUGAACAGCAUUUUGUUUUGUAAAUAGGACAUCUACCUUUUCUGUCUGUCAAUUUUGUAUUGUAAAAUUUCAAUAAAUAUUUGCAUACAUCAA